UACUCACUCACAAGUUAUGUAAUCCCGACGUAGAGGAUUGUAUUUCCGGUGUAGUACAUCAAGAUUGCUUUGGCUGUGAGCGGAAUUUGCGAGUUUCCUCGUUAACUCGACGGCCAAAAGAUGUUAACACAAACAAAAUGGCUGAUGCGCUCAAGCAGAUCGUAAAACCGUGGUACGCGCGAAGCCGUGUGACAUUUUGUAGAUGGGUUAUACGGCGUGUGCGAUCACUUCGACGACCUGGUCGACUUUAGCGUACAAAUGGCGACAAUUUUACAACGCACACUCAAAACAAACCGACGAAAUAUCUGUAAUUCGACGUCGUCAACAUACGCCCGGCCUGACGAAAAAACGAUAGCUGCUAAACGAAUGACAGUGUGAAUCAAGUACUUUCUGAAAUGAAAGCAUUAGAUGAUGAAAUUUUAGACAUCAUUCGUAAUAAUCCCAGAGACCACGUGCCUAUGGAUGCUGUACUUUUACGCCGUGCUGCCAUUGAGAGAAACAAAAGAUGUUUAAUGACAUACAUUUGGACUCGUUUACAACGAUUAAAAGAAAUGCGUUGGGAGAUAGGCGCCAUUUUACCAACUGAUGUUAGACAAAGUCUUUCACAGUCUGAGAUAGAAUGGUUUAAUAGUUAUUGUAAGUCGUUAGUUGCGUAUAUGAAAUCCAUUGGACCUGACACUGGCUUAAAUCUUAUUCAAGACAUGAAACCUCCAAAAUCACUUUACACUGAAGUGAGAAGUUUAGUUGAUGCUGGAAAACUAGAAUUAGAAAGUGGAGAAGUUUUAAUUUUAAGAAAAAAUAGUCAGUAUAUGCUGUCAAGAUCACAGGCUGAACCUCUUAUUCGUCAAGGAAUUUUAGAACAAGUCAGACAUUAAAUUGUGAUAAUCAAAAAAUUGAUCUAUAUCCUAUGGCCAAGUAUCAGUUACCUUCAAGUCUAAAAUCAUCAAACUUCAAAUUAACCUAUUUGUUAAAAAAAAUAAGUUAGGCUUUGUAUAAAAUUAAAAAAAUAAUUUGUAUACAUUUUUUGUUUUCUUACAGCUAGUUUAGUUUUAAUUAAAUACUAUCAUGUUUAUAUAAUUUUUGUUUUUUAAUGAUUAAAUAUAAGUGAAAAUGAAGAGAAGUUAAAUCAUUUCUGUUUGGCUGUUUGCAUUUUAAACUUUUAAAAUUAUUACACAAUCUUUUUCUGACAUGUUAGUGUU